UCCAUGAAGAUAAGUGGAAACGAAGUGGAUAUAGAAAGUAUACGCAGUAUACGUGUAUAUAUAUAGUCAUAUAGAUAUGAUAAUAUGAACAUGUAUACGCUAGAAGAAGAAGAAGAAGCAAGCAAGAACCACGAUAAUGGUUUUGUAAAUAUAGGGUAAAGAGGUCGUCGAGAGAGGUGACAUACAAUGGAGUUAUGUGGAGUUCAGACGCUGCGUCUCUUACCGCCUAAUUUCAAAACCCUUCAUUUGGUGAGGCAUGCACAAGGAAUCCACAAUGUAGAGUUGGAAGAGAACGAAGAGAGUAGUCCUUUAUCAGAAGAGCUUUUUGAUGCCCAUCUCUCUCCAAAGGGUCUCCAACAGGUUUGCGAACGGCGCCAAAAAAUCAUUGAAUCAGGAUUAUUAAACACUAUUGAGUUAGUGAUUACCUCUCCGCUGCGCAGGGCAAUGCAAACUUCAACUGGAAUAUUUAAGGGACAAGAAACUACAAAUGAAUCCGACAACUUUCCGAAAGCUAACAACUUCCCUCCAAUUGUAGCACUUGAGAUUUGUAGAGAACGCAUGGGAUUAUAUCCGUGUGAUCGUAGAGAACGUAUAAGUACCCAUCGCACUUGUUUCUCAGAGAUCGACUUUACAAUGAUAGAGAGUGAUGAAGAUGUUCUAUGGCAAGCCGGGGAAAGGGAAAACUUAGAAGAGGUUUCUGCUAGAGGCCUUCGGUUUCUCACAUGGUUAUGGGAGAGACCAGAGAAAGAAAUUGCAGUUGUUAGCCACGGGAUUUUCUUGCAACAAACACUUCGUGCUCUGCAUGAAAAAGUUGGCAUACCUCUUGAAGAUAGUUUCCUUACAAGGUUUGCCAAUUGUGAACUCCGGUCAAUUCGGAUUGAAAAGAGUGCAGCGAUAUGGAAGCAGAUACACUAAAGCCUUAUACUUGUCCAAAUUACGUUACUCCACCUUCGACUUCCCUUCACACGCUUGAAUAGAAGACGUGCGUGUGAAUUUGUGUUUUUAUGUUUGCGUGCCACAGACAAUGCGCUUCGAACCAGGGAAGCGUUACACAGCUAAUAAAAUGCCACAACCAAAACAUUUUUUUUUUUUUAAGCAAAUUUUUAUAUUUAAAAAGCAUGAGAAAUAAAAAUUACAGGGCCUAGCCCAGUUGUUUUUA